AUGACCGUGGAGGAAGCAGUUCCACGUAGUUCCCAAUCAGCUUGGGAAAAGCAAAGGGAACGCUGGCUACAACCGUCAGAAGACGCUCUUCAGCACAAUGUGAUGCGUCCUGAAUGCGUUCCUAUUCCAGAAAGUGCAUAUUUACACGUCUACGACAAUUUGACGCGCAAGUUGCGUCCAUUAAAGAAGCCAAUGAAACUGAGUGUUUUGGUAAGCAAUGAAACAAAUGGGCACUUUUUGACUAAUCACAUUCGCAAGAUUCCCAUUUUGAAGAAAGGAUGGAUCAGGGAUGGUCUAUGGCCUUCAUGA